UUUUUUUGUCAUCUCAGUUCAGCUUUUUCUCCAUGCCUCAUUAUCUCACUCUACUUCUCUCUUACUCUGUCAGUUUUUCUUUACUCCUCUCUGAAUCUGUUUUCAGUCUCUGACCAUCACUCCUUUCCUCGUCCCUGACGUCUCUCCGCUGGUAUCUAUCUCCGUGUCUGUGCUCUACCCCCUUGACUUGAGCCUUUGUUUACCAUGUGCCUCUCCGUUUCCUUUGUGUUUGACACCUCUCGCACUCUCUCAGCUUGACCCUAAUUUAUCUCUUCUUUUUUUUCUGUGCUCCUCUCUUGCUGAUUUGCAUAUGUGACGUGACAGAGGCUGUAUUUCCUCCAUCAGCACCAGCAACAGUGCCUCUACAAACGGAAGGAGAGUGCAAUCGAAAGGAGACUGCAAUAGGGAACACCAGGAGUGCAACUGUUGCGAAAGACGUCGUCAUAUGGUCCAGUUUCUGCCCGAUGACCCUGCUCUCAGGAAGCUCAUUCAACAGUGCCUGUUAUCGUCAGAGAGAAUCGAAGUGGAGAUGCAUUGAGCCACAACUUUCGCAACAUGGUAAUUAGCAGCCUUGGUUCUCGACACCACCCAGAGAGAGAGAGUGAAAGCGAGAGCGAGAGCGAGAGAGAGAGCCGUUACCAUGGAGACUGGCAAGCUGGGUUUCGUUCAGACUGCCGUGCCAGAGGGCUCAGUCGUGGUGACGGCGGAGCAUGAGGCAGCAGACAGCAUGCAUGUUCAGGCCCCGCUCGCAACCUUCUACGUCCGCGCCAUGACGGGACAUCCACAGACGCAGCCGCCGCCAGUGACACCUCAGCUGCAGCCGACGCAGGCCCAACUUCAUGCCGGGACCCAGGACGCGCCCACCAUCACCCAGCCCUUCCCCACUCUCUGCCCCAAACAGCCUCUGCCUAUUCUGACUCUCCACAUCGCCGGAGGGGUGCCUCUGAUGCCCACGCAGGCCCAGAAUUCUGGGGGGGUGAUGACGCCUCUGGGGGUGGCCUGCUCCUCUAAAACCCCCAAAUCAGUAGGUAAGCACGUGUGCCAAUACUGCGGACGCGACUGCCAGAAGCCCAGCGUGCUGGAGAAGCACCUGCGAUGCCACACGGGGGAGAGGCCGUACCCUUGCGCCACCUGCGGGAUCUCCUUCAAGACCCAGAGCAACCUCUACAAGCACAAGCGCACCCAGGCCCAUGCCCGGAUAUCCAGCGAGUCAGACAGGGGCAGCCUGAGCAGCCAGGAGAGCCUGCACAGCUCUAGGGACACCUGCUUCUCCUCCAGCUUCUCUCUGGACACCCAGAGUCAGGACUGUGGGAGCCAGGAAGGAAAUGAGGUCACAGCCACCACAGAAGAGUCGGGGUCCAUUCAGUCACAUGGGGACCAGGGGGACACACAGGGCUCAGGCACAGCAAGGGCUUUGCAACAGGCUGCUUUGGUGGGUUUCAUCGCUGCACCCAUGGAAGUACAGAGAGAAGUGCUGAUUUCUAAAACCCAACAGGUGGAGCCCCCUUGUUGCAAUGGAGUUGCCACUGCAGGCAGAGACUCAAAAAGGUCAGUCAGGGUUGAAGGCCCAAGACUCUGUAGUGGUGCACCGGUGACCCCCAACCGACACCUCCCUCUGCAGAGGCAGGAGGCCACUCUCUCUCCCGACUCCAUGUCGAUCUCCAGGGGGAAGUCUCAGAGUCAGUUUCACGACAGCACCGACUCCGGGUUCAGUGACAGCGGUGAGCACCACUGGACGUCGAGCCCAGGGAGCAGCCCGCACAAUCACAGCAUGGAGUCGCUGACCGAGUCCAGCAUGGAGGUACCAGAACAUCAGAGCGUCGGGCAGAUGGACUCCGACCCAGCAUCGGCUGGGGGGUCCAAGAGCAAGGUUUCGGUCCAGGAAAAGAGGCAGCUGGAGGAGCGCAUCUCGAAGAUCAUCUCGAAAAACGACGCACUGAUGGACGACAAGCACCUGGAGAACGUCCGGCCGAGGAAGACGGUGUUGUCCAAGCAAGGGAGCAUCGAUCUCCCUAUGCCCUACACCUAUAAGGACUCCUUCCAUUUUGAGAUGAGGUCUGCCACCACCUCCACCAUCACCACCUCCAAGCAGGUGUCAAUCACGCCAGGCACAGACAGGAAGAUGAUACAAGCCUUCUGCAGCUCCCUGCCCUCUCAGCAUGCAGAUAGCCUGGAACAUGCUCCCCUAACCAGGAGCAGCUCCAUGCCCUUCAGCGAAAUUGGGCAACACAUCGACACAGCGGGCACAACCUCACCUCAAUGCACGGACAGCCUCACACUCAGUAGAAGAAGCAGUGCGGGACAUUUACACUCGCUGAAGCUCGGGGCUCAGUUCGUGGACCAGCACGGCCAUAGCCACCCGUCCCUGGUCAGGCAGGCGGCAGUGGACUGUCUACCGGAGGUUUCGCCCACUGAGAGAGGCAGCUUGAGCAGCCUCAGCUUCGACACAGACUGCACGGAUACCACGAACGAGUCAACCGUCAGGAAGGGUCGCAGGAAGCGCUCACAGAAAUUUGACUACAACAAGUGGUAUGUGUACGGCGGCGGAACAUUCCGGAAGCUCUACGGCACUUCAUCAGCGAAAGAACAGGAUCGCUCUCCACUAAAGACGCAAAAGGCCCUCGCUACCAGCCUCGAACGACACGACGAGAACCAGGAUAUUCAAAUCAGCCGCGUCCGAGAUCUUGUCUCAGGCACGCCACAGGUGCCGGUUUCCACAGCAAACACUCGGUCACUGAGCACAAUGCAAAGCGUUCUGUGUCACUCCUCCAGCCCUGGGGUUGGCCUAGCCCUUGCAGACCAGACACACGCAGACAUGAGAAACAACACCGGUGUUUCCUCGUACGUACUUCUGCAAGGCUCCGUGUUGGAAACCGCAGGGUCGUCACCGCAGCAGCGAAUGGAGAACCGAGUGAUUCUGGGCACUGACAUUUUCACACCAAAGGUCACCUCGGUGGAUACGAGCUGUGAGAUUGUCCCAAAGCACACCUUUCUUCCUUCUGAAAGGAAGAAGCAACGCACAGAGGAGGAUAUUAGCAUUGUGAAAGACAGUAUACCGUCUGUGGAUACUGAAAUGGAGGAGGAGGAGACAGAUGGAGGCGUGACUAAUGGCGUGAAUCAAUCCCUGGCACCCGUAGAGAGAGAAAGCAACAGGCCUCGUGUUCGGCGCCAGGACGGUCUGAUCUACCCCCACACUACCCCCAGACAGCCACUGCAGAAAAGGCACAGCUCUCCGCUUUGCGUGGUGAGCGUAAGCAGAUCGUCUGAGCUCCAGGUUACUGCUUCCUCCACCACCUCCACCCCCACCACCAUUUCCGUGCCAGCAAAGACCAGCUUUCUGCCCAAGUAUCAGCUGCAGCUCCCCCAGACCUCAGGCGGCGGAGAAUCCUACCCACGCCGCCGAGCGCCUUUGAUACACCACAGCUUCUCAUCGUCGCAGAUCUUCACAACAUGCGCGCCCCGCUCAGGCUACAGCGACUCCAUCUCGUCCUUCACCACCUUGACACAGAGUCAGCCCAUCACUCCGAUCACGCUGAUUCACAGUCAGCAGACUAGAUCAAAUGGGAGCGCUAGGCUAAUCGCUUCAGGUCUGCCUGCCCCCGUUUCAACAUGGAGCCCCCCUGUUGGGGCAGUCGGAGGGCUGAUGCACAACUGUUCUGCUUUAGGGGUGCCUUAUCCCGCACCAGGUUUAAGAACCACGAACAAUACAACCUGGACGGCACAAAGUCAGAUGUUCGCCAUGGUCUCCCCAACGUUUCAAGGUCAGUCUUAUGCAUGUAAGACAGUGUUAGCGCAAGAUCAGUUUGGCUCCAUCACAACACCACGUCACAUCCAGUCUGUCAUGCCUGCCAGAUCUUACAAUCAGACUAACCCAACAAGCGUAUUGUCUCCUGAACAGCCUGUCAAACUUCUCACAGACGUCAAUGACAGAGGUACACCUGUAUCAGUGCAAUGUCAUGUUCAGCAAGUUACAACUGUUACAGAUUUAGCGCAGAACCCAACCGCUACAUCAACAACAGUGUUUUCCACUUGUCGUCCUAUUGAACCUGUCACAGGUGUUACACUCGAUCAGACGGCUGCGCUUGCAGCAGUGCAGUGUCACAUCCAGCAAAUUACACCUGUUGCAGGUUUAUACCAGAAAACUCCAUAUAUACCGACAACAGUAACAUCCAUCAACCAACCUGUCAGAGAUGUGUCACUCAGUCAGACAGCAUUACCUGUAACAUUAGAAUACCACAUUCAGCAAGCUCUACCAGCCUCAGGUUUAAGCCAAAGUAUUUCAGCUAAACCAAACACAAUGUUUGCUACCGCCCAGCCUUUUAAACCUACCAGAGAAAUGACACUCAAUCAGACAACUACACCUGUAACAAUGCAGUGUCAGAUUCAGCAAGUGGCACCUGUUAUGGGUUUAGCACAGAACCUUCCUGUUACACCCACCACAAUGUUUUGUACAAGUCAAGCUGUCAAACAUUUGACUGACAUGUCACUCAAUCAGACAACUCCAGUAGCUGUACAGCAUCAGAUGCAGGAACUUGCGGCUGUCACACCACAAUUAUACCAGAGAAUUCCAGCUACAUCCACCAGGAUAGUUUCCAAUAGUCAAGCAGUUAAACAUGUCAGAGAAAUGUCAUUUAGUCAGGCAACUACUCCUGUUAUGAUACAGUAUCACAUUCAGCAAGUAACCGAAUUAAGGCAGAAUCUUCCAGCUACACCUAUCACAAUGGUUCCGAGUAGUCAACCUAUUAAACAGGUCAUAGAUAUGGCACUUCAACAAGCAGCUACGCCUGCAACAGUACAGCAUCUCAUACAGCGGGCGGCCCCCGUCACAGCAUUGUCCCAGAGAUCUACAUCUGCGUCCAUGACAACAGCUUCUCUGAGUCAGCCAAUUAAUUCUGUCACAGAUAUGGCACACAAACAGGCAGAUCAACCUGUAACAGGAAAAUAUCAUGUUCAGCAACCCACGUCUAUCGCGCCGAUAUCUCACAGCCAGUCGGCAACACCUGUCACUGUGUUCCAUAGUCAGCCACCCACAGCUGUCUCGGUCAGAUCUGCGUGUCACUCAGUCAUACCAGGCGCAGGAUUGGAAAACAGCCAGACAGCUGUACCUAUUGCUGUAAUCCCGCGGAGUCAGCCAGUUACACCUGUAGCAGAUGUUGGGCAGCAUCUUCAGACCUGCACACCAACCAGCGCAGCAGCACAAGGUCACCUUCAUGCAUCCACAACCCCUGUGCAGGGCGGGGGCUCGACAUUCGUGACAGCGCCCCCAGAGUCCACCACACACUCUCCUGAGUCUCCUUCACUUUGCCCGGAUCUGAUGGGCAUCGCCACAGAGGACGCCGGCUCAACCGCCGCCGUCCCCGAAGAGAGUCUCCGCGGCGGAGGAAACGAAGGGCGGCGGCUCAGUGGCGUGCCGCAGGACACUUUCUUCAUGAGAACGCCAGACCUGCAGAUCGUCAUGCAGAUUAUUUCUGACGAGCAGCUGGCCAUGAUGGCACCGCAGAUCGAGUCAGGGGAUUACAAACGAGGAGCUGGGUGUCCUUCCGUGGUCCCCGGGUCAACACAGGCGUCCAAGACCGAGACGAGGGGACAGCAUACGCCAGACUCUCAGGACAUGGGUGUUAAUGUAUUCAAGACAAAUAAUAGGACUAAUGACAUGAAUUCAACACAAGGGGGACCCAUAUGUUCAACAAUCAUGUCGACGAAUGGAUCUAUAAUGGCACAGCCAGGUUGUGCUGCAUUAGUUAGCACUGCUGAACCUUCCUGUCCUGCUUCUCUGUUCAUUAAGUCAAACUCAUCUCCUCAGACAGUCAGGCAUGGCAAGAGAAAGGCUUCGGUUGUGCUGGGCACUGCACAGAGUUUAUACAAGCCAGACCAGACAAGUACAGAGACUAGACAGGCAAUAGGAUCUGGAAUGAAUCAAAACCCUGGAGUGGGACAGAGAGACGGUAUUCCGGCCCAGCUGAUUCUCAAUGGGAAGAGCUCUAGAACAGAGCAUGGUUCUGUGGAAGCCCACAUUCCAGUUCACAAACAGCAGUUAUCAGCAUGGCCCGGAUCCCUCACACUCAACAAUCCCGUAAUGCCUGGCUGUAUCAGUAAAGUUCCAGAAUCUCGUCAGCAAAGUAGUUUGAGUCGGUCACCAUCCUCUGUCAUGACUGAGAAGGCUUACCCUCUAUCAACGCCAAUGUCUUUGCCCAGUAAUGUUGGAGUCACAGUACCUUAUCAGGAAGGCCAUCUGUCAGGUGUUUCUGCAGGGUUUGCUGUCUCAGGUGGGAGCAGUGGACCUGUUUCAACCCUGAGGGGAGUUGAUGUCGAGCCUCCCUCUCCGCUCCUCUCUGCUUAUCACACCGCUCCACCUGCGGCUCACCACCCAUCUGUUUCCCAUCACUCUCCCCCCUCCGAAAGUUCCUCUCAUAGUGUUUUUCAGUCUGGCAUGGGGCCACGCUCUCCUGACCUCAGUGACACAGCCGCCACAGCAAAGGCUAAUCCGCUCCACUGCGAGCUAGCCGUGCUUAGCAAGCCCCAGGCUCUCGGUACCGAAGGCCAGCUAGCACAAACAAUAUCAGCUUCCACUGAAAUCACCGCCUCUAGCCAUCAGCCACAGCCAUCAGGAAGCACACAGGGGAUGUCACUGCUGCACCCCUCUGGAUCGCUACAAGUCUUAAGAGGCCCGUCUGAAUCGAACCAGCUGAACGGUUCCUCAGAUGUGCUCAGUGGUGUGGAGGAGAAGAUCUCUCUGCCAGCUUCCCCUGCCACGGUACUUCACCAAGUGGGGUCGGCGUCUGCGUCAGCUUCACACGUUGGCCAACACAAACUCAGCCCUGUAGCCUGCAUCUCUCCGGUUCCUCCAGUGGUGCUGCAGUGCAUCAGGGCAGGAAGCGCGCCAUGCCCUGCUGUGGGCCAACACAAACCCCUGUGCCCAGGAGACGCGUGUGAGGGGUGUAAUCACGUACCCCAGAGCAGGAGCUCGGCAACUGAAGCCUGCGUUCCAGGCAAAACAUCUGGAGAGCCUCAGCAAUCCCAGCGGGCCAUGGAACAGGCCGAGAGACACCAGCCACCCUUCGCUAGGUGCAGGGUGGAGUUGAAGGGGGCUGGUGGUGCUGUCGAACAAGACCAGGGUGAUGCACGGGAGAGGACUCCCAGACGUGAGGAGACGUCCUGUUCAAGUUCAAGCAGAGCUGAUAAAGGAGCAGGCGAUGGAGUCUCCCCCCAAAGCCCACUGCCGCUGGGAGGGUGUGGGUCAGAGAGGCCAGGGCACGUCCCCAAAGAGCCAUGGCUCGGAGCGGAAGGGGAGGACAGAGAAAGGAUGGAGGAGAAGGAGAACAACAACAAACGGCCCACGGGACGGGCUGGAAGCGACGGGGGAGGCGGAGGACUCGAUGCUGGGGGAGCGAAUGAAAGAAUGGUGGGUCCGCAGACAGAUCGGAUGGUUAAGGAAUUCAACUUAAGACAGGAGGAGACAAGCAGCCAUGGACCCAUCCAGACCCUUGCUGUGCCGCCUCCUCCUCCUCCACCUCCUCCUCCCCCACCUUCCCUGGAGACCUCUGGUCCAUUGCUCAACCUUCACCUUCAAUUUGACACCAACUCCUCACACGGCACCCCACUCCACCCACCCAGCCACCUAACCAGCAACAGCACCACCACCACCAGCAGCAGCAGCAGCAGUUCAAACCAAUCAAGGACAGUUACUCAAACAUCCAGCCAUUCGCAUCUAUUUGCCUGGAACAGAACUCAAGCACACUCUGUGAGAGCUAACUUCACAAGAUGUUAUCAGGAGCCCGGGGAGGCACGGGAGUCCUCUCCCGGGACAGGAGCUGCCCCCCCUCCCUGCUCAUCGCCCUCUGACCUGUCUCUGCACUCUCCCUCGGAAACUGUGAAUCACUCCGAGGCUGAGUGGAAGGCACAUAUACUCUUCGGCAGUGAACCGACCAGCGCUGCCUGCCUGAACCACUCAGGAGAGACGCCGUCAGAGGCUCCAGGCUCCCAACAUCACAGGCUUUGGACAGAGGCGCCGAUUAGCGCCAUGGGAGAUUGGCCCGGCUCACAGCUAAAUGGACCGGCCCCUUGCAGGACUCGAGCCGCUGAGACACGGAGUGGUGUUGUUACGGCCAGUUUGAGUGGCAGCCUCAGGGGGGCGAGAAAGUGUAUGGAGGAUGAGGCAGAGACCUCCAGCAGCAGUGAUGACGAGGGGAAGCUUGUCAUUGAGUUUGAGACGAACUGAGGGGAAAUUGCACAUGAAUGUACAUGAAGACAUACUCAUCUGGACGCAGAUAUAGACUAACAUACCUACACACAUGCACAAAGCACAGAUGAAGACAGAACACACACAUAAACGUGAGGUGUUACAUUUCUUACACGCACAUACAUAUCAGUUCAAGACACGGACAAAACAACAAACUCUGUCUCAUCUAAUCUUGAACACACGCACAAAAACAGUCUUUGAUAUUUUACUACUGUCACCGGAGACCCCCUUACUCACUCACUCACACACACACGCCCCCCCCCACACACACACACACACACACACACAC